AUGCUUUAUCGUGCGAAACGCCUUAGUAAGCCCUAUAAUAAAUACUAUAAUAACAUUAGGACUCAGAAAUAUAAACUUAAGCCGUUCUACCGCUUUACCAUAGUGCUUUUAAAGACUAAAGAGAUAACGGUAUAUCAUGUUUUUAGUAUUUAUAACGCCCUCUUCGAGCACUUCGAGGAAUCGAUUACACGACUUACUCCGAAAACUAUACCUUAG